AUGAAGCUAUCAGGUACUUUUCUGCUUUUGGUCAGCCUGGCCUGCUUCUUCCUUUUCACAGAGGCUGUGAGCCACAAGGGCUAUCAGGCUUUGUGCAGCAACUAUGAGAAGAAACCAGCUACAGAUGGAAAAUCCUGCCCAAAGACAGACAAACCAGUGUGUGGCACUGACUGGAAAACUUACCCAAAUCUCUGUGAAUUCUGCAAAGCAGCUAUGUAA